AUGGAAUUGAUAUUUCUAUUAAUUUUUUAUUUUAUAUCAGAAAUGAAUAUGUGUGAUGUUGAAAUGAAUUUAACACGAACAUUAUUAGAUCCAAUUGUUUAUGAUAAAACAGUACGACCUGCACGAGUUCAUACUGAUGUAACAAAUGUAUCAUUUGAUUUAUCACUUGCUCAACUUAUUGAUGUUGAUGAAAAAAAUCAAAUUAUUACAACAAAUCAAUGGAUAACUAUGAGCUGGCUUGAUCCCAAACUUACAUGGGAUCCUUUAGAAUGGGAGAAUAUCAGUUUACUUCAUAUUAAAUAUGAUAAAAUUUGGUUACCUGAUAUUGUUUUGUAUAAUAAUGCUGAUAAUCUUGCUUCAUUAAGUCAAAUAUCAACAAAUGUUAUGGUAUCUUCCGAAGGUAUAGUUACAUGGUUAUCAACGGGUAUUUUUAAAAGUUCAUGUGCUAUUGAUGUUCGUUAUUUUCCUUUUGAUGAACAAAAUUGUUCAUUGAAGUUUGCUUCAUGGACUUAUGACAGUGCUCGAAUUGAUCUAGCACAAAAAACAAAUAUUGGUGAUUUGAGUAAUUUUAUGGCAAAUUCAGAAUGGGAAAUUAUUAAAUUACACGUGAGAAAACAUGUUGUCAAAUAUUCCUGUUGUCCAGAAACGUUUCCUGAUCUUACUUAUAUAGUACAAAUGCGGCGUCGUCCAUUAUUUUAUGUAUUUAAUAUGAUUCUUCCAUGUUUUCUCAUUACAAGUGUUGCUUUUCUUGGUUUUUGUGUUCCAUCUGAUAGCGGUGAAAAAGUAUCUAUUGGUGUAACAACUCUUCUUUCAAUGACAGUAUUUCUUAUGCUUGUUACUGAUAGUAUGCCACCUAAUUCAGAUUCUUUACCAUUAAUUGGUAUUUAUUAUUUUUCUGCAAUUAUAAUUGUAAGUAUAGCAACAGGGAUGUCAGUUGCUUCUCUUAAUUUAUAUCAUCGUGGUAAACAUCAUCUUCAUCAUGUUCCACAAUGGAUGGUACGAUUAUUUUUUAUUAUAAUUCCAAAAUUACUUUUUAUGCAUAUUGAACUUCCUGUUCUUUGGCAAAAUCGACGAGAAAAUCUUCUAAAAUGCAAGCCAACAAAAACAUCAUUUCCACUAGUAAAAUCCGAAACAAAGAGAAAACAAACAAAACAAUUGAAUAAAUAUUCAUCAAAUAAAUAUGAUUAUACAAAUAAAAAUACUUCAUUACAUAAUGGUAAAAUGACAUUAUAUGAAGAUCCGAUUGAACCUAAUCCAACAACUUCGUUAACAUCUUCAGAUAAUCUCCAUUCAUUUGAUUCUUAUACAUCUCCACCACUAAUACUUCGUUCUUAUACAUCUAUACAAUCAUCAAAUAGACAACAACAACAACAACAACAACAACAACAACAACAGAAAUCGAAUGAUAAAAAUAAUCAAGAUUAUUUAACAGAUUUAUCAAAUAAAUAUACGAAUAAUAUGAAAUUAUCUAUUGAUUAUAUACAUCGUAUUGUUGAGCAAAAUGAACAUCGAUAUCAACGACUAGAACAAAAUAGAAUUAUUGCACAAGAAUGGCAACUUUUAGGUCGAGUUGUUGAUCGUCUACUUGUUGUUAUAUUUUUAAUUAGUACAAUGGUUGUUUUUUUAGUUAUUUUUCUUCAGGCACCACAUUUAAGAUUGAAAUAA